AUGGAUUUUCUUUCUCAAAACGAAUUCUCCGCCCUCCGCCUGAAUCGAACACGAUCGUCCACGGAGUUCCGAUCUCCAAGGGCUAGGUUUAGGUUGAGGUUUUCUUCACAAAUGGAAGCGUCCGGUGGAAAUUCGGACGCCAACAGGAGUUCUUUAUCGUCUUCUUCUUCUUCUUCUUCUUCUUCUUCUUCAAGUGUCACCGCUCAUUCUAGAAGAAACGGGAUGAAUAUCUCUACUUCUAACAUUCUACGAUCACCCUUGUCCACCUUAUUGGAGUACACUGGGAUUCUCAGAACAAGGUUGGGUCAUUCAGAAUCGGAAGGUUUACUCAAUGGUGGAGCCCUCACCGGCUAUGGAGAUCGCCACCUCCAGACGCAUCUAAAUGACACUAUACCCUCUCCGACUGCAAUCCGUGGUGACGAGACAGCUGAAGUUUCCAUUAGAAUCAUUGGUCCCAACGAACACGAGCAUGACAGGGUUGCAACCAUGGUACACCCGGCAUCUACUGUUGGGCAGCUUGGUAUACAGACGGAGUCCUUUUCAAGGCCAAUUUCAAGGUCGGGGUCUGGGGUUUCAGAGUUGUCCUCAUUGGAAAGCCAAGUUGAUUCGAGAAGUGAUAGAGAGGCAGGAGAUGGAGUUACGCGGGUGGCGACUGCUGAUGGUUCUGAGGGAGCUGGCAAUAACAGGGAUGCACAGUCUUCAUACCAGAGAUAUGAUAUUCAGCAGGCUGCUAGGUGGAUCGAGCAGGUCCUUCCUUUCAUAUUGCUUCUGUUGAUUGUGUUCAUACGUCAGCACGUGGAAGGAUUCAUCGUUACCAUUUGGAUUGCUGCCUUUAUGUUUAAGUCAAAUGAUAUUGUACGGAAGCAGACGGCACUCAAAGGUGAGAGGAGAGUAUUCGUUCUCAUAGGUGUGGUUGUUGUUUCCGCCCUUCAUAUUGUUGGGAUUUACUGGUGGUAUUGGAAUAAUGAUGUGCUAUACCCUUUGUUGAUGCUGCCACCGAGAACCAUACCGCUUUUCUGGAAUGCAAUAUUCAUCAUCGUGGUCAAUGAUACACUGGCCCGUCAGGCAGCAAUGGUCUUCAAGUGUGUCCUAUUGAUAUAUUACCGAAACAGCAGAGGGAGAAACUAUCGCAGGCAAGGUCAAAUGCUCACAUUAGUCGAGUACCUAUUUUUGCUUUACCGUGCACUGCUACCUGCUCCAGUUUGGUAUCGUUUCUUUUUGAACAAAGAAUAUGGGAGCCUUUUCUCGUCACUAAUGACUGGACUUUACCUGACUUUCAAACUUACAUCUGUUGUUGAGAAGGUCCAAUCGUUUAUCACUGCUUUGAAAGCACUUUCAAGGAAAGACAUCCAUUAUGGAACCUAUGCAACAACUGAACAGGUGACUGCGGCAGGAGAUUUGUGUGCCAUUUGCCAGGAAAAAAUGCAUGCUCCAGUUCUUCUACGCUGCAAGCACAUAUUUUGUGAGGACUGUGUGUCUGAAUGGUUUGAGAGAGAACGGACAUGCCCUUUAUGUCGGGCUUUGGUGAGACCUGCUGACCUCAAGUCUUUUACUGAUGGAUCAACAAGUCUAUUCUUUCAGUUAUUCUAA